AUGGCCAAGCCUUUGCUCCUCUCCUUCGCAUUUUGCUUUCUCCUGGCCUUCCACGGCUGCCUCGGCCGCCAGCGGUACGGGGCCAGCCAGCAGCACUCACUCCGGGAGCAAGGGGAGUGCCGGAUCGACCGCCUCGACGCCCUCGAGCCCACGAACCGCAUCCAGUGCGAGGCUGGCGUUGUCGAGUCGUGGGACCCAAACCACGAGAUGUUCCAGUGCGCCGGGAUCGCUGUGGUCCGGCACAUCAUCGAGCCGAACGGCCUCGUCUUGCCUUCCUUCACCAAUUCACCUCAACUCACGUACAUUGUUGAAGGUAAUGGUAUUCUGGGGACCGUGAUCCCUGGUUGCCCCGAGACAUUCCAAUCAUCUCAGCAAUCACAGUUCGGGCCGCAGUUUGGACAAGGAGGACAGAUGAGAGGAGGAGAAGGCCAGCGGUUCCAAGAUCAGCACCAGAAGAUCAGCCGCUUCCGACAAGGCGACGUCAUUGCUUUGCCCACCGGAGUGGCCCAAUGGGUCUACAAUGAUGGCAAUCGGCCCAUCAUCGCCGUCACCCUCCUCGAUGUUACCAAUAAUGAGAACCAGCUUGAUAUCAACCCAAGAAGAUUCUUCCUGGCUGGCAACCCGCAAGACGAGCAUGAGCAAGGGGGCCAGCAACGGCAGGGACGGCGCCCACAACAGCGACAGCUUGGUGAGGAGGGCCAGCAAAGGGGUCAAUGCAACAACGUCUUCUGCGGAUUUGACGCGCGCUUCCUGGCUGAGGCGUUUAACGUGGAUCUGGAAACAGCAAGGAGGCUGCAGAACGAGAAUGACAACAGGAACAACAUCGUGAGGGUCGAGGGCGGCCUUCAGGUUGUGAGGCCCCCAAGAGAACACGGAGGCCGUGGAUGGGAGGAGGAGCGCGAGAGGGAGAGGUACGGUGGUGGCAGGUAUGACGUGAACGGAUUGGAGGAGACGCUCUGCACUAUGAGGCUCCGAGAGAACAUUGGCGACCCGUCGCGUGCGGACGUCUACACGCAACAAGCCGGCCACAUUAGCGCACUCAACAGCCACAAGCUGCCCAUCCUGUACUGGCUCCAACUCAGCGCUGAAAAGGGCCAUCUACACAGGAAUGCAAUUAUGGUGCCACACUACAACCUCAACUGCCACAGCGUGGUCUAUGCAAUCCGCGGCAGCGCGCGCAUCCAGGUGGUGAGCGACGACGGCCAGACAGUGUUUGAUGAGGAGCUCCGCGAGGGGCAGCUCGUAGUGGUGCCGCAGAACUUUGCAGUGGUGAAGAGGGCUGAGAACGAGGAGUUCGAGUGGGUGUCCUUCAAGACCAACGACAACGCGAUGGUCAACCCGCUCGCAGGCCGGACCUCGGUGAUGCGGGCCUUGCCGGACGAGGUCAUCGCCAACGCAUACCAGGUGUCGAGGGAGGACGCUAAGAGGCUCAAGUACAGCCGGAGGGAGACCACCGUGUUUUCCUCCAACGAGAGCGGUGGUUCUUUCUCUGAGAGGAGGGCUGAGGCUUAA